UCGCUUUACGGCCGUCUUCGGCUGUCAUGUAACCGCUUGGAGCAGUGAUCCAUGUCCUUGUGUGAAUUUACGGACCAUAUGCCACCUAGUGAAGCGUGCAUCACCUAACUGGCACCAGACCGGUCAGAACCAAAAACGCGCUAUGGCGUCCCGCUUCCUCAAGUACAUGGUACUUCUUCAGAAGUACAGGACCCCUCUGCUCAUCGCAAGCUGUGGGGGAGUCUUUGCAGCAAACAUGUUCUACCAUGCUUUCCCUGACAAGACCUACCGCCAGCUGUACCAGGCCUGGUACAAAGGAGAGCCAGUGGUGCUGUCGGAAAAGCUGGAGAAUGUUUUUCAGCAGGUGUUAAAGGACUAUGGUACCAGCUCAUCCAAGAAUUUCUCCGCCUUUGCCUCUUUUGGGUUCCACCCAGUGGGCGCCGGUGUCCCUUGGCUUCCUGCAGGGUCCCAAAUCGGCAUCCCAGCUAACUUUAACAGCACUGGCGACGACCCCAGCGGGAUAACCAAUCGCAACAUUUUCAUCAAUGGCCAAACGGUGGACUGGAGCAGCGAAACGGGUUUAAACCUGAAGGACGCCCUUGUGUUUUCUACAGAGGCACAGAAGUUUGCUGUAGCGCGGGAGGUGGCCCGCUUGCAAUCUGGAGGACCUCUGAUGACUGCCGCCGUUGCCCCUGUAUGCCUGGGGGGGGUUUGGGUGUACAGUGUGUUGCUUAAACAGGUGUUUGGGCUACACGGUGGACCCCCUCUGCUUCGUGGGGCUGUAAAUGUUGUGGCGGUGGGCAUCGGUGCCGUUUCUUACCUCCUCACUUCGGACGCUGUCAGCCAGUGGAUUGACCAUCACUCAGACCGCCAAGCUGCUGCAGUGUCCCGUGAAUAUGCCAAAGGAGGGGUGGAGUUUUAUGAUAAAAUCCUGUCCAGAAACAAGACGCUGCGCUCACUGAUGGGGCAGAAGGGGGAGGAGAUGUACGCACCCAGUGGGAACCUGUUUCCUGCUCACAUCCUUCAGCUCAAACACACACCCUACACUUCCAGGAGGGAAGGCAUCCUUGCUCAGCUGAAAGAGGCGAAAACAUAAAAAGAAAGCUAAUAUUGAGAAUUAAAUGGAUGACAUGAAGCCUAAACUAAACAGUUUAAUGAUCUCCCCUGUAAAUGGAGGGGAAAAGACACCUCCUUUUGCUUUUUUUUUUUUUUUUUAGUUUGAAAGGCGAGGCCAAAGUAAGUAACGCAUUUUCUAUAGAUGUACUGUAUGUCAUCUUACAUCUGCUGAAAGUUGCUUUUGUGUUUUAUGGAGCCCAAAGUGUAGAGUGUAAAUUAAAAAAACAUUAUUCUUAA